UGGCCCUGCCAGGCAGGGGGGUUGGAACUACAUGAUCCUUGAGGUCCCUUCCAACCCGGGUCAUUCUGUGAUUAACCAAAUCACUGGCUGAGGCAGCGAACUGCCAUCCCACUGCAAGUUGUUACAGGCACAUAUGGACACAGUGGGUGAAUUUCGGGGCCGGUUCGGUGGUGGCCGCCCUGCACGUCUGCGGCUCGAGGGCUGGAUCGCUGUGACCCCGUGCCCCCGAGCUGCCCGCCGCACCUGCCGCCUUCACCCGCCGCCGUGUUGGUGUUUGCCGAGGGAAUGCGCCGUCCUGACCCGCCCGCGACCCCAACCGUCCCGGGGAUGGGGCGGGGAGGGAGGGAAAAAGGCUCGGGGGAGCGGCCCGGGUUGCAGCGGGGCAGAACCGGAGUGUAGCCGGGCGAUGGGGGACGAGGCGCAGCUCCCCUCGGGCAGCCCUGCCCCGCAGAAGCCGCCUUACACCUACGCUGCUCUCAUCGCCAUGGCCAUCCGAGCCAGCCCCGAGCAGCGCCUGCCGCUUAGCGGAAUCUACAGCUACAUCUCGGGCCGCUUUCCCUAUUACCGCCGCGGCUCGAAGGGCUGGCAGAACAGCAUCCGCCACAACCUCAGCCUCAACCCCUGCUUCCUCCGCCUGCCCCGCCGCUCGGGGGCUCCGCACCGCGGCGGUGAAUGGGCUCUGGACCCCGUCUUGCAGGACGCGUUCCCGGGGUGCCAUCACCGCCACCGCCGCCGCUCCAACCUCCCCCCACCGACUCUCCCCGGCUGCCCAUGUGGUGCCCGCCCCGCGCUGCCCCGCGGCUGCCGCUGCUCCGAGCUGCCCGCAUGGAGCUCACCCUGCUGCCCGGGGACCCAACAAGCGCUGCUCACCUGGAGCCCGACAUGUUUCACGGGCUGCCAACGAGCGCCGCCCGCCUGGAGCCUGCCCUGCUGCCCGGAGUCCCCGCAAGCGCUGCCCGCCUGGAGCCCGAUGCCAUCCCCAGCGCUGCCCAACGGGAGCUCGGCUUCACCCGCACUGCAGCCGGACUGGCCGCUUCUCAGCGUCGCCUUGACCGCCCAGAGCCCACCCGAGCCGGGAUCCCGCCGCCCUUUGGCCGCCAGCAGAGCCCCGGUGCUGCCCUGAGGCUUCCAGGUUCCGUCCUGCCCGUUUUCCUGCCCAUUUUCCUGGGGUAUGGACUUGUAGAGGAGGAAACAUGCGAAGGAAGAUGGGUCUGCAAGAUUCUUGUUGGUUGAACAGAUCCCCGUUGCGUCUCAGUGGCUGAGAUGUGCUGCUGUGUUUUGCAGAGCUGUCUGCAAAACCUCAUCUCUGCAGAGAUUUGUCAGUUCAGGUUUAUUAGUGUUUGAACCUUAAGACCACCCUAAGGUGGCUGCAGAGCUUGGCAAGCUCACCUGUGUGUUCUCUUGUAUCUGGAAGCAUACAGAAGGUCAAGGGAUGCCAGUCCUUGUGGAAGUGAAAUUUGGCUUUGCUACAGGCACAGUAUUUUUGCAAGUGUCCUUAAACUCGUUCUUGAGCCUUCAUUUCAAGCUUUUAUAUACAUGUAUAUAAGUGAUGUAUGUGUUUUUCAGUUUGGUAGAGAAAAAAACAUAACCAAUCCACAAAGAUCUUUGAAGUAACUCUGGGAAUCUGAUUGCUUUGUGUUUAAAGCAGGCCUCUAUGAGGUUUUGCAUACAGACAGGGUUUAUUUUAUAUUUAUAUUUUAACAUUUUUCUUCUAAGCAAUGCUCAAUUUGCUGAGGAGGUUUUUCCCUUUUAAUUUCAGUGGUUUCUGUGCUUCCCCCCUCCCCUGAAAUAAGGCUCAGGUACAAAGUAUGCUUCCAUUAAGGGUUCUGUUUCGGUUUGUUAAGGAAAAGUUCAAACCCAGUUUGUGCAGAGCAGCGCUUUGUCACACAUGAUGUUUUAUGGACUGUUUAGCACUCCUUGAUGGAAUUCACAGCUUCACAAAGCAAUUGAGUUGAUUGGUUUUGUUCAUCCUUAUAGAAGCUGGGGUUUAAACCCAGAUUUGUUGUUUGUAUUUUGCAUUUUCUUGCACUUCAGAAACGAUUCUGGAUGCUGCCUUUAAACUCUAACCAUGCGAUGUCAAUAAAACAUGGGAAUUCUGUAAGAUUCAGCCAGGUGACAGCUUUGAGGCUGUUCCUACAGGAUGCACAUUAAAGAUAAUGCAGUUCUGUUAUUCUCCAUGUUGCUUGCUGUCUCCCUGGUGUCCCCAUGCUAUAAAACCAAUACAGCAGAACACAGCUGUGAAAGAACUGCUGCACAUUGAAGUCUGUAUGUAGGGUCAACGAAGACCUCUGGGGUUUUGCUCCAGAGAAGUGUUUUAUGUGAUCUAAACCUGCUGUGGUUUAAGUCAUAUAUGAAUAAUGCACGUUUGUGAAACCACCGCUGCUGUGUUUGGGGUAUCAAGUCUGACCUCUGGACAGUCAUUAAUUCCACUGUGCACAACAACUACGAAAACAAGAAGGGUUUCUGAAAGUUGGUGUUUGUGUGUGUGUGCUUCUCGCCUUGUUCUUCCAGCUGAGUUGUGUUUCCUUGCCAUUUAGCAUGGCUUCACAUCACUGCUUUACAUACUGGGGGAAAAGAAGAGCAACCCAUUUCCUCCUCCUUGCCAGGGCUCCCCUGUGUUCUCUAUCUGCUCCUGGCUUUUUGGCACCUGUGGGCUACAGGCUGAGCCACAUCUGUCGUGCAAUUAUGCACAAGGGCUGUGGGGCUGGGGCUGCCAAGAGGGACCUCGUAAGCAGACUGCCAUGCUGGGGGUGCCUGCACACACAAGAAAGAACAAGAGCUGAUUGCACUUCUGGAGGGGCUGUGCCUGUUUUCCCCAGCUCAUCUGCAGCCAAGGGCAGGUGGCAGCAGCUCCAUUCACACUAACAAGGCCCAGAAGCUUCUAUGAGGUGUGUGGGUGGAGGAGCUCCUGGGUUUUUUUGUGUUUUCUGCUCCCCUGCAGGGAGAUCUAUCUCUGUCUUUUGGAUUUGGGAUGGCUUUUAGAGCACAGCUCUGUGUGGUUCAGUGGUUACCUGGUAGGGCAUGGAUUGGGUAAGUGAUGAUGAUUUUUCUCUAUCAGAGGCUGCUCUCUGCCUUCCCUGCUGUGGGUCCCAUCUCCUGUGUGCACCCACCAAACAAAUCCAGUGUGAGAGAUGGAGUCACACACCUGCUGUACUAUAUGGUGUUCUGUGUCAGGAUGCUGCGUUCAGAGUGAUCUGCUGCCGGGGUCUGGGGCUCUUACAGGGAUUGGAUU